AUGUCAAAACGAAUCCACGCCUGCUGUUAUUGCUCAAAAAACAAACGAAAAGAAGAAAUGUCGAUGAUUCCAACGAGUAUCAAAAGACAAACUGAAUGGAUUAAAGUGCUUGGAGUGGAAUAUGCGGAAAAUUGUGUGAAAGCAACGCAUAAAUUGAUUUGUAAAUCACAUUUUGAAUUGGAUGAAGAAGGGAAAAGGAGAAGAUAUGACACACCGAAACCGUUGCCGUUUUGUGGAAUUUUGGAGGAGAAUGGAGAAGAAAUGGAGGAGGAAAUGAAAAUGCAUGAAGAUAAGGUUUGGAUUUUUCAAAUUAAAAUUUAAAAAAACAACAUAAUAGUGAUCAGAAGGUCAAAAUCUCAAGUUUUUUUCAUAGUUUCUGAAUUUUCCAGCCUUCAACUUCUUCUUCAACCAAACCAGUUGACCUCAAAAAAAUCGAUAUCGAAAAAACGCUCAAAAUUCGACGAGCUCGCGAAACUUGUUGCUAUUGUUUUGCAAAACACAAAAGAGACGAAAUGAGUCGAGUCCCAACACGAAAAGAAUUACGAGAUGAAUGGAUCGAGAUUUUGGGAGAGGAAUUUGGAAAAAAUGCGAUGUAUUAUAGGAAUCCGAUGAUUUGUUUGACGCAUUUUGAGACGAUUCGGAAGAAGAAAAGGGUUCGAUAUGCACUUCCAAUUCCAUUGCCUUUUGGGGUUGAGAAACAGAAAGGAAAUGAAGAGAAAGAAGAAGUGGGAAAGGAGAUUGUGAAGAAAACUCCUGUAGGUUUUUAAAAAAAAUAUAUUUUUAGUCGUGUUCCACGUGGCAUUUUUACCCCAGAUUCAAAAAAAUCUGAAAACAUACCACGCCCAGGGUGAGGCAUUUGCACGGCGCCAAUAAAAAAAUUCGGAAAUUCACCUCGCCAAUUUGAGAUUUUCUUGAAAAACAGCAAAUUUUUGCUCGUUUUUCAGUAAAAAAAGUCGUAUUUUUCAGUUGAAAAGGUUGUUUUCUCCUCGCCAGAAAAUUUCAUAACCCAAAACGCCAAUUUUCAAAGUAAAUUUGCACGAAGCUGGGCGUGGUAUGUCUGAAAAUUGACAAUUUUUUGGCCUAAAAAUUUAAGAUUCUCUUGUAAACGACUUUCAAAAAUAAUCCAUCCCACAAUCAUAUUUGUUUCAUUUCAGAACAAGAUAUGUGUAUAUUGUGCCAAAAUCCUUCCUUGCUCAAUGAUGACACAAGUUCCACAAAACCCGAUUGUUUUGGAACAAUGGGGAUAUAUUUUGGGCGAUGAAUUCCUCCACAACAAUUCGCUUUUCAAAGUCGGAAAAGUGUGUUUGUCGCAUUUCGAAUUGACACCAACUGGAAAGAAACCAAUCAAUGCGUUGCCAAUUCCGAUUCCUGGUGGAAUUCGACAAAAAUAUAAAAGGAAAGAGAUUAUUGUACAGAAAGAUGAAGACUCAUAA